CUAAUCAACUGAUUAACUCAGAAGGUAGCAUUUGAACGUAUUAGGUGAUUGAUUGAUUUUGAUAGAGAAGCAAAGUCCAAUCGAAAGUUACUAUAAUCGUUGUGAAUCAGGGAAGAAGCGCUUUGCGUAACUUGGUGGAACUUGUAUAUUGCGCACAUGCGCAGAACACUAAACUCUGGCAGCAAACACGGCUAAAAGUUUCUUUCCCAGCGUUACGCUCAGUGGAACUCGCACACUCACACACUCGCACACCUUUCGAGCUCCAAACGGGGCUUCUCUUUGUGGGAGAACAAGUACACAGAUACAGAUACGAAUAGAGAUACUCACUGUGUUGGUGGUAGUGGUGCUCCACCAGUGGAGAGGGCUGCCCACUGAUCGUGUGCUUGUGCUGGUGUGUUGGUGUAUUAAGGCCGACGCCGCUGCCGCAGUCGACGUCGCUGCUCCAAGCGAUUCCGUGCUUUUGGAAUACUCCGCGCUCUCGCUCUCCGGCACUCCAGUUCCAGUUGCUGAGUGGCCAAGUGGCUCUUUGGCUGCUGAGCCCUGUUUAGCUUUGUUAUUCGGUGUCUUCUGCGUUUUGCUGUGUUUUUUGUUGUUGUAAAUCGUAUAGUUGUAGUCGUAGUCAAUCGGCGACGUUUACGUCAGAGUUACAGAGGAGAAGCUAUAAUUUAGUACCAAUAACCAAACCCCCACGUAAAACGAGUGCGAAAAAUUGCGAAAGCCGCGUGCCUCUGCGAUAAGAUAAGCGUGUACGGCUAAGAACUCCUCCGGCCAACGAAACGAACCUUUUAAUAAUCGGGAUUUGCGCGAAAUGUGAUUUUUUAUUGUCCAUAGCUGAAGUGAAAAAAAAAGAAAGAAAAUACGCACACACUAUCAAACGACCAAUGUAUAUAACCUAACUGUGUUUUUCAGCAGUGAAAAAGUCGGCUCAAUUGUCUAAAAUGUAAGAACAAUAAACACGCCAAGCGCCAGUUGAAAAAGAAAUAAAAUAAAAGAAAAAGUAGCGAUCUCUCCGAGCAACAAGUACUUGUGCACCAACACACUCAAGGGAAGUAGUGCCACGACAAAAAAGCCAAAGAGAGAAAAAACGCAGAGAAACCGAAACCAACAGCAAGACGGAGGAGCUAUGGAGGCCACCACUACCACAACACCUGACUUGAAUCGCGGCGAUGCCACCAGGAAGAGUGUGCGGCUGUAUGCCGCCCGCAAGGGGGCGGCACCUGCACCGCCCAAGCUCAGUGUGGCGCCAUCUAGCAACCAGAACAGCAACCACAGCUGCAGCAUCACCAGCAGCAGCAACAACAACAAUAAUAGCAGCAAUAACUUGCCGGCAAUAGAAAAGGUAACGGAACUGCGUCCAACACAUCUUGCCAACCAGGAUCUCGAUGGAGCCACCGAAGACGACAGCAUAGUGGAGCUGCGACGACGUGAUGCCCAAGUCACUCCAUUGCCCAGAAUAGCCGUAUCGGCCUUGCCCACCCUGCAGCCGCAUCCCACGCCCAAAGAACGCCAAAAGCCGCCUAUGCCACGCCUUCUGUCUACCGAAGACGAUGCCGGUGUGUCCUUUGCCCUCGGCUCCAUCGAGAAGCACAUUCACAACGUGGAGGAGAGCUUCAGGCAACAGCAGCAAAACCAACAAUCCCAAUCAUCGAUGGACGUCAUGAAACUGGAGAUCAAGCGCAAGCAGAGCAAGCGCUACGGUGAAACGGAAAACCUUUUGCGACCGGGCAUAAGUGACAUGUCCUCCGAGAAUGACUUUCAGUAUUUGGGCGGCAGGCGGGCAGGCGAUCUGGAUGACAGCAAUGAGCUGAUGCUAUCGGAAUUCCAGCGUGGCAGCGACGGUCGUAACUCGAUCGGAGCGUAUUCCAAGAACUCGGCAGCUGCCACAAACGGAGCAAAUGCUGUGAAGGCUAAACUGGCACGUACUGCCUCCGACACGAAGAAUAAUGAUACGGUGCUGGCCAUGAGGGCCACUCUAAAGCAGAAGCAGCAGUUGCAGGACGAGAAACAGCCGGCGGUAUGGCGACCAGCUGGCACGGCACCCGUUCCGGCGGCCAGGAGCUCCUCCUCCACCAUGUCCACCUCCGCCAGUCGUGGCGGUAGUAGCAGCAGCGUAGUGGAUGGAGUGACUCCAUCUAAGCUAACGGCCACCACCAUUUCGGCGUCCAAGCGGCGUGAGGAGAAUUUGCGACAAUUUGAAGCUUUGUUGGCCCAGAAGUCUUCCCAUCGUCAUGGAGCAUCCUCUGGAGCAUCUGGUGCUGCGGGAACUGGAAGUAAUGCAGCCAGCUCGAAAAGACGGUCGGAGCGGCCAAUUGUGGCGCCCAUUCCGCCUUACAAUUCCAGUCGAGCAGAGCCGGUGACUAGCUCGACCACACGUGGUGUUGACCCAACGUCUCAUUUGGGACAUGAAUCAAGAUCCGGUAGAGAAACAGGCAUAGCUCACCCGCCUGUAGGACGCCAUCCCACUAGCCGCGUACCCAGCGUAGUGGCAAACCGCAGCAAUGUGUACAGCAACAAUGCUGCGCAGGGUUCGCCUAACAUGCAAAUGCGGAGUAGUGCUCCUAUGCGAUGGCGCGCUACUGAGGAGCAUAUUGGCAAAUACAAACUCAUAAAGACGAUCGGCAAGGGCAAUUUCGCCAAGGUGAAACUAGCGAAACACCUGCCCACUGGCAAGGAGGUGGCCAUCAAGAUAAUUGACAAGACCCAACUCAAUCCUGGGUCACUACAGAAACUCUUUAGAGAGGUUAGAAUAAUGAAGAUGCUGGAUCACCCCAACAUAGUUAAAUUGUUCCAAGUAAUCGAAACCGAGAAGACGCUCUAUCUGAUCAUGGAGUACGCAUCCGGCGGAGAGGUCUUCGACUAUCUGGUUCUCCACGGACGCAUGAAGGAGAAGGAGGCGCGCGUUAAGUUUCGACAAAUCGUCUCAGCCGUGCAAUAUUGUCAUCAAAAAAGAAUAAUUCACAGGGACUUAAAAGCUGAAAACCUUUUGCUGGACAGCGAACUGAACAUCAAAAUCGCUGACUUUGGCUUUUCGAACGAGUUCACGCCUGGCUCAAAGCUGGACACGUUCUGCGGUAGUCCGCCGUAUGCGGCACCGGAACUGUUUCAGGGCAAGAAGUACGACGGACCCGAGGUCGAUGUUUGGUCGCUGGGCGUCAUCCUGUAUACGUUAGUGAGCGGUUCCCUGCCCUUCGACGGCUCCACCUUGAGGGAGUUGCGUGAACGCGUGCUCAGAGGCAAAUAUAGAAUUCCCUUCUAUAUGUCGACUGACUGCGAAAACUUGCUCCGCAAAUUCUUAGUACUGAAUCCCGCAAAGCGUGCUAGUCUGGAAACAAUCAUGGGCGACAAAUGGAUGAACAUGGGGUUUGAGGAAGACGAACUCAAGCCCUAUAUUGAGCCCAAAGCCGAUUUAGCCGAUCCCAAGCGGAUAGGUAAGACGGAAGCUCUAGUCGCGAUGGGCUACAAUCGGUCGGAGAUCGAGGCUUCGCUCUCCCAGGUGCGCUACGAUGAUGUUUUCGCCACAUAUUUGCUGCUGGGUCGCAAGAGUACAGACCCGGAAAGUGACGGAUCGCGAUCAGGCUCCUCGCUCUCACUGCGCAACAUCUCGGGCAACGAUGCGGGCGCCAAUGCUGGCAGUGCGAGUGUCCAGAGUCCCACGCACAGAGGUGUCCACAGGAGCAUAUCGGCGUCCAGCACAAAGCCAAGUCGUCGAGCCUCGUCUGGUGCGGAAACUUUGCGUGUUGGACCGACAAAUGCGGCAGCAACAGUUGCGGCGGCCGCGGGAGCCGUUGGUGCGGUUAAUCCAAGCAAUAACUACAAUGCUGCAGGAUCAGCGGCGGAUCGAGCAUCAGUUGGCAGCAACUUCAAGCGACAGAACACAAUCGACUCGGCUACGAUUAAGGAGAACACAGCGCGACUGGCCGCUCAGAAUCAGAGACCCGCUUCGGCCACCCAAAAGAUGCUCACCACGGCAGACACCACACUGAACAGUCCCGCCAAGCCGAGAACGGCAACGAAGUACGAUCCGACGAAUGGCAAUCGCACGGUCAGCGGCACAAGUGGCAUCAUUCCACGUCGCUCUACCACGCUUUAUGAAAAGACUUCGUCGACGGAGAAAACCAACGUUAUUCCUGCAGAGACAAAUCUGUUCGAUCGACUUAGAAUGGCAUCGGCUGUUAAAUCAAGCAGACACUUUCCAAGGAAUGUUCCAUCACGUUCAACCUUUCACUCUGGUCAAACCAGAGCACGAAACAACACAGCGCUGGAAUACUCGGGCACCAGCGGUGCCUCCGGCGACUCCUCCCAUCCGGGUCGCAUGAGCUUCUUCUCCAAACUCUCCUCACGUUUUAGCAAACGUCCCACAACCGCAGACGAUUCGGCGAAGCCACGAGUUCUACGAUUCACAUGGUCAAUGAAAACCACAUCGCCGCUGAUGCCCGAACAAAUAAUGCAAAAGAUCAGGGAGGCGCUGGACCAGAAUAACUGCGACUACGAGCAGCGGGAGACUGAAUUCGUCUUGUGGUGCGUGCAUGGAGAUCCCAAUACUGAUUCACUGGUGCAAUGGGAAAUAGAAGUGUGCAAGCUGCCACGACUCUCUCUGAAUGGAGUGCGUUUCAAGCGAAUCUCCGGCACCAGCAUUGGCUUCAAGAACAUUGCGACUCGCAUUGCUUCUGACCUCAAACUGUGACUUAACCAAACGAACAACGAGGGGAAUGCGGCCGCCACCGCCUCGCGGCCCACUGAUCCAUCCGACACCUUGACCACCGCCAAUUGUCGGAGGCCGAGCAACGACAGCACCUCCCGGCUGUCGGAGCUCUCUCUUCUAUGUCGCUCUCUAACCAGCCAGCAGGGCUCCCAGCGGCGUAAGAAGAGCAGGCUGUCCACCGGUGGCAGCGAGGAUCAGAAGAAAUCGAACUCGUUGCUUUCGGCGUUCCAUAUGUACUCUCCCUUCAGUUCCAAGGAGAAUCUGCAGUCCAGCGAGGAGGUUGAAGAUCUACACGUGAUUGACACACAGCCAGGACACUCCGUGGAUGUGCCACUCUUCUCUGACUUUAGCCCAAUUAAUCCGAUUAUGGAAGAGGAUUCUGAGGGCGUUGAAGGCGGCAAAACCAGUGAAGCCAAAGGCAUUAGUGUUGGCGGUGGGCAAAAGGGCAAAGGCGAUGGCGGUGGCAGUGGCGGUAGUGGGGGCAAUAGAUUGAAGAGGAACAUCAAGCACACCGGGAGCCUGAUUGUGCGUAAACUAACUGCCGGCAGGCACAAUGAUGCGGACAAGAAGGGUGCGAUUAGGAAGAAGGAUAAGGAGCAGCAGGAAGUGGCGGACACGGAUAAGGAGAAACCAGGCAGCAAGCCGGAGGGCAAGGUAGCCAUGCUGCGCACCACAACCCUCUAAUGGAAUGGAACACGGGCGUGGCAUGAGCAAUACGUUUAAUUGUGGGGCAGUUUGUAUCUAUUGAAUGAGUGAUUAUGAAGGCAACGCGGCGAAUCCCUGCUGGAAUCUCAAGAAAUAAUUAAUGUUAGCAUCUCUCCGUAGAUCGAACGUAUUGAUAUAUUACUACACAUUACAAUCAAGCAGACAAAACUCCUCUAUCUAUCCACACUGACAUGCAUUAGCACCCGCAUAGAUACGCACAUAUUUACAUACGUUAUUUAUUAGGAACCUAGUUAAUGGGCCAGCAAUAUUUGUCAUCGAGCAGCAUGCAAGAUGGAACAGAAGUGAAUAUAAGGGUAACAGAAACACCACUCAAUAAAACAGUAACAAUAAAUAUUAACAAGAAACCAA